AGCCGAUGUCUGCAGAGUUCUGGCGGGGGAUAGUGAGCUCUCUGUGGAGCUUUAUUCUUGGGGACGGUGAGCCGCUGUCUGUUCCUGUGUUUAGGUAGAUGGGGAGGGUGCGGGUUUGUGAUCUAACUGGCUGCCGCUCAAGCAGCAGCUGUAACGCUGCUGAGCUUGUGACUGGAAGUCACUGAGUCGCCUGCCGGGCUGCCGCCUCAGAGUGAGUGAGGGAGGACUCGCCGGAUUCUUAUUCGUCAAAAAGGAAACCGACGGGAAGUUUAUGAUGAAAAAUAGCAGGCGGCAGUGAAGCGGAAGGUCCGUGCGACAAGGGUUGAUGGCGCGCUGAGUUUAUCUGGAGCUCUAAGGUUUGAGAAUGUGAAGCGGCAGGUUCGAGGCGAGGAGCAGCCGGCGGAGGGUAUAUUUUAAAGAUUGAUUAUCCCCACCACCUGACAUCAGGAAAGUGUUCACAUUGUCUUAGGAGCAAGGUUGUGCCAAUCUGCGUUUCAACUGAGGCCAUUUCAAUGGUAGAAUGCCAAAAACAAUUGAUCAAGGACCUCAAAUGGAGAUGUAGUUAUUUAAUACCUGGGUGCUAUGAACCUAUGCUUUACCUUCACAAGGUGCAUGGCCAAGUAAAAUGCAUUCAGGGCCCAAUUGUACAGAAAAUAAGUUUGCUUCAUUUACUUUUAACAAAGACUUUCAGAAACCACCUCAACUAUUUUAUGAAGCUCAGCAGCAACCAAUGAAUUUACUUGCAACACUGGAGAUCAAAGCAGAACGCAGGUUUAAAUGGAGUGGAUAUAUUUUUGCGUGGAAAGCAAAACUGGGCACCCUGUUUUUGGGUGUAAUAAUAUUAUGCCUAGUAAUGGCAUCUUAUAUUUUAACCAGAGACCAACAGAGACUACUGCUCACUCCAUCCCCAUUCCAAUACAAUACCAGCACAAAUAAUAAUUUCCUAGAAUUGGACUCAACUGAAUUUGAGGAUGACAAUGAUGAACUUUCCUCACCACUAAGCUGGUUGGGAAGCAGCAAUUAUUUAAAAUCUGAACUCAUUAUUGAAACCCGCAAUUCCAAACUUCAACUUACGCCAAGAAGACUGCCAGAGUGGGAUGAUCUUAUCAAAGAAGAAGCACAUAUAUUUUCAGUCAUUCCAAGAAGGUUUCUUCAGAAUGUAAAGAAUCAUUGUUGGUAUACAAGAUAUAUGGGGACUCCAUCCACGGACCCUUACAAGAAUAAUGCAUAUUUUUUACAUACAAAGCAUUUCCAAACUAUAUUUGAUUACCUGAGAAAGGUAGUUUGGAAACACUUGCAACACCACGGUGAUGAACAUUACCGCCUCCGCUGUCUUCCUUAUUUCUACAUAAUAGGACAGCCAAAGUGUGGGACUACUGAUCUCUAUAAUAGACUUAGACUGCAUCCUGAAGUGAGCUUUUCCAUAGUCAAAGAGCCUCACUGGUGGACAAGAAAAAGGUUUGGGAUCAUUCAGCCCUGGAAUGGGUUCCAUGGCCGCUAUCUAAUUGAAGAUUACCUGGAUCUGUUUGAUCUGGCAGCACAUCAGAUUCAGAGUCAGAUAGCCAAUUCAUCUGCUGAACAAGAAAUUGACAGCAAUAUGGUUAUUGGUGAGGCAAGUGCUUCCACGAUGUGGGAUAACAAUGCAUGGCAAAAUUUCUAUGGCCGCACGGCUAACAGUGAGCCACCAUAUUUAAUUCAGGACUUCCUACAUGGAGUUUUGCCAGCUGCUAAACUUAUUGUUAUGCUGAGGGACCCUGUUGAGAGGCUUUAUUCUGACUACUUGUACUUCAUAAGUGCUAACAAAUCUGUGGAGGAUUUUCAUGAAAAGGUAAAAGAUUCACUGCAAAUAUUCGAAGGCUGUCUGAUGCACUCUUCCCUUAGAUCCUGUGUGUACAACUGCACUGUGAACUCUGCCAUGCCUGUACGAUUGCAGAUUGGGUUAUAUACUGUCUUUGUGUGGGACUGGUAUGCUGUUUAUAACCCAAACCAAUUCCUUAUUCUACGGCUGGAAGAACAUGCAGCUGAUUUGAAGAACAGUAUGGGCAGGGUCUUCAGAUUCUUAAACCUAGGAAAUUUGACAGAGAAACAGGAGGCAGCCAUUAUAAACAAUCCUGCAUCAAAUACCAGACGUCCCAAAGACAAAAGCCUUGGGCCUAUGUUACCAGAAACCAGGAGGAUUCUUGAGGAGUUCUACAGACCCUUUAACAAAAAGCUGGCUUUGCUACUUAAUGAUGAUUCUUUCUUAUGGGAAAAAUAAGUACAGACCAAAUUCACAAAGCUGUAAAAUAUUAUCUGUUUUAUACUUUAUGGUCCUGGAAUGUUCAACAGUACAUUGCUGGUAGAGUUCAAAAGUUAGUUUUUUAAGUUCAUUUUUAAACUCUUACAUGAAGACUUUGUUCAAAAUUCAACAAAUGGUUUGUUUAAAGUUUAACCCCACCUGAUAAUAAUGAGGAACAUUUUCCAAAUGCCUUCAUGUAACCUUUCCAUGGAAUAUUUGGGUUUAUAAUAUUUGACACUGUGAUAAAUUCAAAUUCUUUAGUUUGUGUAUUUUUAAAAAAAUGUAAUCCCCAUGUGAUUUUAAAUAUUUUGUGGGAGUUUCAAUUACACGUGUGUUUAGUAAAACUGAAAUCUUCAUGUCUUUUAAUAUUGCUGCCAAACAUAAAUAAUGAGAUUUCAAUAAUGGUGCCUAUUUUAGUCUUCCAGUAACUUAUAUACCAUAAUUAUAGUUUGCUAAUGAUUACAAGAGUUCCUAUUUUUGUCAUUAUUCAUUUAAUCUCUCCCUGUUGUUUUAUAUAUUAGAACUGAAGAUUGAGAAGCAUCAUCUCUAACAACUGUUUUGAUAAAACAUUAGUUUCUUGUCCUGUUCUUUGCAAGUUUUCAAUCAAACAAUUAAGUUGUUUUAUUUUGGUUGCUUAUAGACAGAUUGAUGAUUUAAUUAUUACAUCAAUGGUACCAAGAUGGAAAAAAUUCAGUUUUUCACCAGGAUUCUGGUACACAGCAGGCCUAUUUCAGUGUGUGUCACUCAGUAGUUGUUAUGCACAAAAGCUUGAACUGCAUAUUAUAGAACGAAUCUAUGACUUACUUUUACUGAGAAGUAAUGUUCUGUCCAUAUUUGCAAUGUUAGGAGCAGCAGUGCCCCCUAUUGUUAAAAGGUUCCUAAUUGGGAAAUCCAUUCAGUUUAAAUCUUCAAUACUGGCUCAGAUAUUUGCAUACAAAUUUUGUAAUGAAACUUCAAACUUCCCUAGAAAGCAGUUUUUUUCUGAAGUUUUGCCUUGUAAGCUCCACAAGGCAAAACUUCAGAGAAAACUUCUUUAAUUCUUCUUUAAUUCAAAGAAUUCUUUAAUUCUUUGGGACUCCUGGACACUUUUAGCAAUGAGGACCUUUUUUUUUAAACUGGUGAAAUGGUUCUUAUAUUUUUGAGAGUACUAAUAUUUUUCUAAAAUAAUUUUUAUGUUCAACAAGGUGAGAGUAUUGGAACAACUUUCAUUCUUGUUAUUCAGUCAGCUACCUCCAGGUCAGAUAUUGUUAAUCAUUUCUGAAGUAAAUCAAUCUUUAAUUAUAGCAUAACAUUCAGGAGGCUUUAUCGUUUUUUUAUGCCUAUUUAAUGUCCUGUUCUCUUUCAUUCACCUUAGUUUUGUCUGGAAAAUAUAUAGAAAAAAACAACUGAAGAGGAAUUAAAACUAAAACAAAAAUUGAGUGAAAAUAAAUUAAAAAUAUACAAGAAAUAGGAACAAGGUGGGUACUAUAGUCCCUACCCUGCCGCACUAUUCAGUGAGAUCAUGACUGAUCUGAUCUUGGCCUGACUUCCAUACUCCUGCCUGUUUCUAACCAUGCCUUCCCAAUACACCAAAAGUCCAGCUUUCUUGGCUUUGAAUAUAUUCAAUGAUUUGGCCUCCACAGCUCUCUGGGGUGGAGAACUCCAAAGAGGGACAAUCCUCUUAUGGUAGGCGGCAUGAUAGUGUAGCAGUUAGCGGACAGUUCCCACCGCUGUCCGUAAGGAGUUUGUAAGUUCUCCCCAUGAUUGUGUGGGUUUCCUCCGGGUGCUCCAAUUUCCUCCCGCAUUCCAAAGGCGUAUGGGUUAGUUGGUUAACAUGGGUGUAAUUGGGCAGCGUGGGCUCAUUGGGCUGGAAGGGCCUGUUACCAUGCUGUAUAAAUAAAGUUUUAAAAAAAGAGAUUCUUUUUCCCCCUCUUAAAGGUGAACCCCUUAUUUUGAAACUAUUUCCCGUGGUUCUAGCUUCUCUCAUGAGGGGAACCAUCCUCUCAGCAUCUACCCUAUCAACUUACCUCAUAAUCUUGUACCUUCCAUGCUUCAAUAAGUUCCCCUCUAUUUCUUCUAAACAGGAAUGAGUAUAGUCCAAUCUACUCAACCUUUCUCCGUAAGGCAGUCCUUCCCUCCCAGGAAUCAACAUAGUAAUCCCCUCAACUGUCUCCAGUCCAAAUGAACUGACCAAGUACAUACAGUACUCUGAGUCUGUGACAUUUCAUUCCAUUUUGAAUUAGGCAAUACACAAAAUAUGUUGAACCUAAGUAUCAAUUGCAUUAAUACCAUUUGUGGACAGCACUUUUAUAGAUCUCAACAUCAGCUUUCUACUUAAAUUAGAUUUUUAAAGUGAAUAUGCCUUGUGCUUACAAUCACAUACCCAUCAUUAAGAUAAUGGAUAAUAAAAUGGAAGAGUAUGCAGUUGUUAUCCUACUUUUGGCAAAUAAAGCCUUUGUGUGAAUUGAGUCUGUCUUGAAUGACAGCGGACCCUGGUAACUUAUCUGGACAUAUUGGCGUUGUUACCCUGAACCAAACAUUGAUGUAUGUUGGUGUUUGAAGAAUGUAAUUCCUGCUUUCUACCCAAAAACUCCUAGAAACUCUUUAAAAAGAUAAUCCCAAACACCAUUUUUAAAAAUUUUCCUAUUUAAAUAUUGAGCAGAAAGAUUUGUUCGCAUCUUGUCAACUUCACCAACAUCACUCUACAUAACUUGCAAAUUUAAGACCUCUUUGUUAAAAUAAAUGGGAAGUUUAUGAGUUCACCCUAAAUUUCAGGGAAAGUUUAUUUUUCCAAGUUUUCUCUCAAAAAUUAAGUAAGAGUUCAUUAGUGGAGAACUAGUUUAAAAAUAAUUAAUCCCUGGUUAACCAUAACUGCACUAAUAACUUAAUAAUUCUAUCAUUAAAAUGGUUCCAAUUUGGCUCUGGGAUAGACCGUUUAGUGACAUCUUGUGUUACAGUUUUUAUACUCACAUUAUUUAUUGGGUUGAGAUCACACAAACUCAUUUGUUUAUGGCCUUUCAACUGGCAGAGAGGAAUUAUUAAUCUAUUGAUCAGGUUUGUAUUCACUUUCUAAGGUAUUUCAUGAAAACAGCAUGAGCCUCCUUUAAAUUACCAAGCAACAUUACUGUUAUAGUUUGAUUUGUUUGUUUUUAUUUUUUAGUUCAGUUCCGUAGUGCUUUAUUUGGUCAUCAUCAUUUGGUUUUCUGGUGUUAAUGGUGAUAAUUGUCAGCUGUGUUCUUGGGGAUUAUCCUCCUAGCUACUGUCUCAUUCUAUACCACCCUGAGCUUACCAAUCUUCUUUUACUCCACUCCAACACGUAGAAGGCAGGUCUACUUCUGUUUUCAUAUCACUGGCUCUAUUAGAGAGAGGGAGAGAGAGAGAGAGAGAGAGAGAGAGAGAGAGAGAGUGUUUACUGUGGCAGCCAUCAAGUUUAUUCAGGAUGUUUUAGAAUUUAAACCGUAUAUUGUAAAACACCAACCUUUUCCCCACUUAAGAAUUGGCAUUUGCCCCAUUGAGCACCUGAAUUCAUUCUAAAUGUUAAUUUGAAAUGACAUCAGGACAAGACAUAAAGCAGUGAAUUAUUGUUAGUCUUAUUCUAUUUUUCUCUAUGUUAUCUGUUUAGAUUUAAAAUCUAAAAACUGAACAGGAAGUAAUUGAGGACUAUUGUGUGAUGGUCUGCAGUGUUACACAUGCACAAGUGGAGAUAAAUACUGACAAUCCCUGGCCUACAAAAAUGUGCUGAUCACAUUCAUGUUACCACAUAAACCGCUUUUGCAUUAUAUUUCUUGCAUAAUUUCAAAACAUCAAGCCAUUUCUUUCUUCAGUUCCAUGUAAUUAUCCAUGUUUUCCAUCAUAGAUUUGAUAAUUAUACAGAAUUUUUUUCCACACCAACACAAUUAAUCUAACAAUUAAAGAACAUUAAAGUAUUUUCAUGUGAAAUGCAAGCCAGAAUGCCUGCCAUUUCUCCAUGAAAAGCAACAGAAAAAUAUUUGAAGAUGAUUCUUGUGCUAAUUACUAGAAUUCAACUCAGGAUUGUGAGUAUUUAAGUGGGUAUAUAAGCCAAAUAUAGCAUGAGAACUGUCUAGCCAUAUUUCCUUGCAAACUAUAGGGUUGGAAAUUUAUGAUCUUUCUUGUGGCCUUUUCCUGUUAGACAAGGAAAGUUGAUGAAAUAAGGGCUUCAGAUUAGAUUGCAAACAGAUAUGUGGGGCAUGAGCUUUGGAGUCGUCAGUCUUGUUUGAGAAGGAAUGGGACCAAACAUGACCCUACUGUUUCAAAUUAGGCAAGGUCAAGUAUGGGACUGUGGUUUCUUGAUCCCAACCUAUCAACCAAUGAGUGGUCUGAUGUGCAAUGUGAUGUAAUAUUAGGCAACUAACAUGUGAGCCAUCAGUUAAUGCAUGUUGGUUCAUGGAACAGAUCUCCCCACCAAGAAGUCCAACAUUUCUAAACCGAUAGGUGCACACCUACUGGUGAGGAUACCUGCUGAGGAGAGCUCUCCAUGACAAUGGAUGGCAGGAGCAAUGCCAGUGAUCACUAAUAAGUGCAUAGUUAGACUGACACCUUCAAUCGAUGAUCCAUGGAUGAUUAAGACUUGUUUUCCUCAGAAUUUAUAAAGUCCCAGUUUUUGAAAACAAAUUAAUCUGUUCCUUUGAUGCCUAAAGAAAUGCAAAUGUUUAUAUCAUUUGUAGUUACACAGAGUAGUUAUACAAUGCGUAUCAUGAAUUUAGCACAAGUAUCAAAGGCUGCACUUACUGUCCUAGGACUAGUAGUGCAUGGUGCUGUAAAAUUCCUGCUGUUUGUCUAGCUGGGUUCAUUCGACCUAUUGGGGAAUUUCCUUGAAGGAAUUUUCUGGACUUGAAUUGGAAGAACCCAUCCCAUUGCAACAUCGUGCUCUCCAGAAGAAGGAGAAAGGAGUUGCAGUUGGAUGUCCUGGUGGUUGGAGGGCUAUUAGUGGUGUCCUGAGCAACACAGUGGCAUAUCUUGUAGAGCUGUUGCGUUAUAGCUCCUGCAACCUGGAUUCAAUCCUGACCUCUGGUGCUGUCUUUGUGUAGUUCACACUUUCUUGCUUUGACUGUGUAGGGUUCCUCCUAGGGAUCCAGCUUGCAAAGACAUGCAAUUUGGUAGGUUAAUUGGCUAAUGUAAUUUGACCCUAAUGUAUUGUUGUGUGGUAGAGUUUAUGGGGAGGAUAAAAUAAAUGGGAUUAGUGUAAUGGGUGCUUGAUGGUCGGUGUGGAUUUGGUGAGCCCAAAGGUCUCUUUUUGUGCUGUAUAACUCCAUGGCUCUAUGAAAACAAAUAAGUUGCAGAGUUGACUUAUUCCCACAUCUUUGUCAGGAAUGUUCUUUUGGAACCAUCUUAUUGCUAAGAGAGAUGGUAUUCACCUUGCAUUUCAGAAAAUAUGGCCACUCAGUGGGUUCAGCAAGAAGCUGGUACUGAGAAUGUUAAGACCUACCUGAUCACAGUAUUAGCAGAGAAUGUACACCCCAUUAAGCAAUGGAGAUGAGCAGUUUGAGCAGCAAUCCAUUGCGCGUGUAGGCCAGUAAUACUGAAUGUCUUGGUAGGGUGUAUGAUAUUGUGUGGUUAUAUUAGAGCUCUGGAUAACUUUUUUUCCAGUAGUCGUAAUCCCAAAUCCAGUAUCCCCAUCAGCUCCAGAAUGAGCAUCUCUCUUCAGGAUGGUGUAAGGACCCAUCUAACACAAUUUGAAAUAUAUCAACCUAGUCCCCAAGUCCUGUGCACGUGCCAAUGUCACUCACCGUCAAAUCAUUGAGUUGUAAAACCCAGAAAUGGGCCCUUCAGCCCAGCACAUCCAUAGUGACCUUUUUGCACAUCUACACUAAUCCCAUUUGUCUGCAUUAGGAACAUUCCUUGUAUGCAUUCACAAUCCUGAUGCAGGGUCUUGUCCCAAAACAUCAACUAUCCCUUUGCCUCCACAGAUGCUGUUUGACCCGCUGAGUUCUUUCAACAGUUUGCUUUUGCUCUGUCUAUGCCUUGCCUAUUUAAGUGUCUGUCUAAAUGCCUCUUAAACAUAGUAAUUGUAUCUGAUUCCACCACUUCUUUUGGCAGUGUGUUCCAGAUGUCAAUCACACUCAGCCAAAACCUUACCCCUACCUAUCUCUAAGAUCCCCUGUAAAACUCCUAACUCUCACCUUAAAACUAUGCUGUCUUGUUUUUGAUACCUUGUGUUUAAUUCUGACCUUCAUGUGAGGGCUUUGGUGGCAGGCAGUCCAUCUUUUCAUCUAGGAUAUGCUGUGAUAGGUAGAUGAAGAUUAACACAACAGGUCCUCCACCCAUUGUUCUGCCACAAACUCACAGCUUUGACAUUAGCUGCAGGAAAUUUAUCAUCUGAGUUUCUGGAGGUAAUGGACUGUGAAGAAAACUGGACGUGAAACGUGGAUACCACAAGGUGAACCUGUCCUGGAAGAAAUACCAUACUAUCUUUGUCAAGGUAGUCCCAAAGGAUAAUUGACAAUUUCCAUUGAAAGGAAUGGGAUAAUAGAUUACUGACUGAUACACGCACAAUGCAUAAGUAAGUAGUUAAUAGCGGGGUAACAUUCUCUGAGCAUUGAGUAUAUGUUGAAUUAUCUGAACUUGUGAUAACACAUGAUGGCACUGCAAUUGGUUGCUAUUUAAUGACAAGGUGCAUGUGUCCUCAUCCAGUAAGAACAGGAUCUGAUGUGACAGUGUUGUCCUUCAUAGCUUCAUGUGUCCAGUGGACUUCUGGGAUUCUCCUCUUUCCAUGAAUUUGUGGAAAGACAAUGUAAACAACAACUCAUCAUUCUGGCAUUUUCCCUGAAGUUACGGUGGGAGAUCAGAAGAAACCCCUAUUGAAAAAUAUGCCUGAAAUCUUGCACAUGAAACUGUGUACGUGAAGUGAUGAAAGGCUCUUGAAUUGCACGUAGAUCCAAAGACAAGCAAGAAACAGGAGAAGAAACUGGUGAGGAAGAAAUAUUGAAAUAGUUGAAAUCCUGUUAAGCACAAAAUCCUGAAGUGAAUUGUUUCAAGUCUUGCUGAAGCAAGAUUUUGUGACUGAAUUAAAUAAGACUGUAAUAUAUAGGAUCAGAAUCAGGCCUUUUGGCCCAUCAAGUCUGCAACACCAUGAAAUCAUUGCUGAUUUUCUUUUCAACCCCAUUAGCCUGCCUUCUCCCCGUAACCCUUAACCCCCUUACCAGUCAAGAACCUAUCAAUCGUUGCCUUAAGUACACCGUAAAUGUUUGAUACUACAAGUGAUUGGUCAGACUCAGAGUCAGUGCUCAUUGGUACAUAAAAGGCCAUUCAGUCCAUGGCCCAUUCUGCUAUUGAAUGCAGCCAAUCUGUAGCCUAAAUCCUCUCAACUGCGAAUCCUUAACAUGCUUGAUUAGGAAAAGAACCUAUCAAUAUCAGCAUUAUACUCAUGAAGUGACCAGUAACUGGUGCCAUUAAUUCUAGUGGUUUACAAAUGAAAACACAACACAUUGAGUGGAAGUCAUUAAUACAAAAACAUAGAUACUCACAGCUGUGUACUCUGUGAAUUCCUUUCCUCUCCUCACAGAACUCUCCCCUUCUCUUUUAAAAGCUUUUUGAUUACUUGCUGGAGUAUAAAUUCAUAGAAGUUGAUUGCUUUUCAUCUAGUCAAAGUCAUAAUGGAGAAGUGACUGUGAUAAAAAGCACAAGGGGAGCUUCACUGUUUCCACACAUCAAUAAUUACUGCUUGGCUCUUGUAGCAGAGGUAGCGUGGUUCCUUGAAAUAGUGACAUGCAGUUAUGAACGCUUUGAAAAUGCUGAUACUUGGUGGUUCCAGUUUGUGCUUCCAUUCUGUGCACCUGUUCAUUGUGAUUUUACUGGAAGAAAACCAGAUUCUAGAAUUUUAAAAGUGGAUCUUGAACUUGCAGUUGUUUGAAACUCACAAACCUUAAUGAUUUACAGGGUGCCAUGGGAUGCACCUUUUGUUGCUUAUAGAUUAUUGGGGGUUUGAUAAUAUAAGAACAUAUUUUACUAUAGCAUAUGCUGUAUAAAAUUAUAAAUCUAUUUUAGCACAUACACAUAUAAAUAAUGUCAAUAAAAACAUUGGUGUGUAUCAAAUUAAUAUAUAACUUCUAUUUUAACAAUGUUCAUUUGCAGUAAUAUUAAUAUUUUACAUAAGUGUUGCCCAUAAACAUUUUACUAUUAUCUCAUAAGGCCCAUAACAUAUCACUACUUUCCCAACCAACUUGGCUUUUUCAUUGUUAAUGGCAUUGAUAAUAUUACAUCAGUUCCAUAUUCUGAUGGUUGCAACUUAGUUUGAGGCUGUUAUAAUAAUUAUAUUACCUUCAUACAGAUAAUUAUACUACCUAUGGGAUGUGGUGCAGUUUAAACUUCUUAUAAUGUUCCUUACUAAAGACACUGUAUGACAGUCUAAUGUAGUUAUUAUAAAAAGAUAAUCUUAUCAAAUGUAAACCUUAAGAAAGUAGUAAUAGAUACCUUACCUGAGUUGUGUAUCUGAAUUUUUGAUCUGCAUUGUAUUGAACAACACAUCAAAUGUAUUUUAGAUAUGAUGUAUUUGUUACAAGCUUGUCACCUUGCACAAACCAAUAAUUAAAGUAUAUAUUUUUCUAAUUAUCCUAUUUUGCAGUAGUUGCAUAAUAUAUUGCAAAACAAUGUUUAAUCACAGCUAAACUCCGUUUAUGUGUUCCAAACAGCAUUGUAAACAUUUCACUGGACAAUUAAUCGUUGCCUUUAAAAAUCAUUGACAAGAAUCAGCUGUAUUAAAAUGUACAACAUAACAACAAUUGAUAAGAUUAACAUGGUUAAUUAAACAUUGGCUGUUUUACUGAUACUGGUGCUAUAUAAACAUUAGUAAAGAAGACAAACCCACUGAUGCCUAUUUUUUAAAGAGGCAUUAGAGAGAAUGAAACAGUGAAUUAAAAACCACUGGUAUCUUUGGCAACUUGCAGGAAUCCAGUCCAGACUGAAGAUAUUAAUGUUUCUGUCAUUGAACUUUCAGAAGGAUUUUCUCAAUCUUCCACUGCAAAUAUGGUGCAAAUUUGACAGAAACUACACAGCUAAGAUACAAACAAACAUGUGCAUUAUUUGUCUUCUCCCAAUCUUCUGUCAGCAUUAAGGUGAGAAUUUUGGAGAGUUGUGCAGAAAUUCCAGAUAUUUGUCUUUAACUGUAAAGCUGCAACAUUAAAUGAAUUUAGGUGGUCUUAAUCUAUGUUUCAGUAGCCACACACCUAUACCAACCUUAACUUACCAAGGGUGGCACACCGAGACAAUAGAAGAAACUAUGGUGUAGCAUUUGGAUGAUACCAUGCCAGGGAGCCUUCAGUGCUGACACCUUGUUUUAUUCAGCUCUCCUUCACGAGUAUUUACCCUGAGAAUGUCACAUUAUUUCUUCUUUUAAAACUACCAGAUUUAUUGGACUAGAUAACAGCUUUCAAAGCAUCCAUUUUUGUAUUUAUCAUUCAACAUUUAAGUGCCAACCAAAUUUUACUGAGCAGGAUUCUUGUGUUUG